AUGGCAAUUUUUGUAUUCAUCGUGCUAGCGGCAGUUAUUGGGGUUGUAGCUAAGGGCGUGUACAAUGCUUUCCUGCAUCCUCUUCGUCACUACCCAGGCCCAAAGCUCGCUGGAGUCACCCGAGCUUACUACCUUUUCUUCGAUGUUCGUGGCGUAAGUCACUGGAAGGUCAAGGAGUGGCAUGAAAAGUACGGCGAAGUUGUUCGCAUUGCACCAGGUGAACUGUCUUACACCUCCAGCCAAGCUUGGCAAAGUAUUUAUGGUUUCCCCAACAAGGAUGGGACGGGCAACUUUGAGAAAGAUGCUCAGUGGUGGAACAAGAAUGUCAACGGCGUUGAAAACAUUCUCACUGCAGACCAUGCUGGCCACAAGCGCAUGCGCCGACUCCAGAACCCGGCCUUCUCAGACAAAGCCUUGAAGGCGCAAGAGUCUGUCAUCACCGGCUAUGUCAACCUGCUCAUUCACAAGCUCCAUGGACAGGCAUCCAGCACCGCAAAUGCCAUCGUCGACAUGAACUCGUGGUAUAACUUCACUACGUUUGACAUCAUCGGCGACCUUGCGUUCGGCGAGCCUUUUUAUUGUCUUCGAGACGCCAAAUGGCAUUGGUGGCUGCACGCUGUCUUCGAUAUCUUUCAAGCCGGCACUUACCUUCGAGCUGCCCGGAGGUUCCCUUCGCCCCUGUCUGAAAUGCUUUUGCUUCUCAUUCCGCGUCGCCUGAUCAAGACCAGAGUUGCCCAGUUCAACUUUGGAGUCGAGCGUGUAAAUCGUAGGCUCGAGCAAGAUACCGAACGCCCCGAUUUCAUGUCAUACAUCCUCCAAGGAAGUGAUGAGAAAGCGAUGUCAGUCGACGAGAUGUACACUGCAGCUCAGGUUCUCAUCGUUGCGGGCAGUGAAACAACAGCAACUGGUCUAACUACCGCUACCUACCUUCUCUGCGAGAACCCUCACACGUUGGAGAAGCUCACAGCUGAGAUACGUGGUACAUUCGAAAAAGAAGAUGACAUCACUAUCCAGAGCACUGCCGGACUAAGCUAUCUGAACGCCGUUGUCGAGGAGGCUUUACGACUUGGUCCUCCCGGACCUGGAACCUUUCCCCGCGUUGUUCCCGACGGAGGAAGAACAGUGUGUGGAGAGUUCGUCCCCGGUGGAUAUUCUGUUGGAGUCCACCACUUGUCUGUCAACCGCUCGCCGGUCAACUUCCGCGCACAUGAUGAGUUCCAUCCUGAGAGGUGGCUUGGGGACCCGAACUUUGAAUCCGACAAGAAGACCGCGGCUCAGCCCUUUUCGUUCGGACCAAGGAACUGUAUCGGAAAGAAUUUGGCUUAUGCUGAAAUCCGUACAAUCAUCGCCCGUGUCGUGUGGAACUUCGACAUGAAGUUACAUCCCGAUAGCGCAGGCUGGCUUGGCAGGCAGAAAAUGUUCACCACUUGGCAUAAGACCGAAAUGAAGGUGUAUCUAUCCGCAAGAGCAAGGCAAUGA